AUGUCGGAUCCCGGCCGCAAGAACUUCAGCACCAAGGUGAAGGAGAGCAUCACGCCUGGAAUCUUCAAAAGCAGAUCCGAGAAAGUAAAGGAGCACACCACCGACAAUGCCGACACUGCUGCACGUGAGAGUCAGCCUGACUCGACCAGAGGCGCCUUGCAGGCUGGAGCCGAUAAAGUGGGCCGAGCUCAGGACCGGGUUGUUCAUGGUACCAGUGGACCAAAAAAGAAGUCCAGAAACCUCUUCGGCCGGAAGAAGAUCUGA